AUGAGUCUACAAAAAGCCAAGGAAAAGCUGCCAGGAUUUAUGCUUCUUCUUCUUCUCACCUGUACUGCUCCACUCGCCAUCGGAGCAACAACUCCUGCUACCCGAAAUGUCUGUAAUACUCCAGCAUGCAUCACUCUUGCUCACAUGUUGCACAACUACCACGACCCAUCAGUUGAUCCGUGUGACAACUUCCACCAAUUCGCUUGCGGGAGAGAGCAUGAGCACGAAACGGAAGAUAUUUACACGAAAAAAACAAAAACCAUCAAUAAUAUAAUGAAAAGAUUUCUAAAAAAGAACGAGACGUCAAGAUCGAAGUCGGAGAAUGCUAUGAGAACCUUGUAUAAAGCGUGUAAAACCUUGGAGAAAAAUUCCACAGCCAGUCGUAACAAAGCUCUUCAGGACAUUUUCCAAGAUAUUCAGAGCAUUGGGGCUUGGCCAGUGGUGGAUGAUAAGUGGGAUGAGUCGAAAUUCGAUCUGAAUGAUUUCCUUGUUAAUCUAGUGAGGUUGGGAAGAAAAAAUUUUGGACUAUUUCAAAUGGCACGGUAUGUAAACGUUCGAAAUUUUGCUAUAGGCCCAGAAGCAGCUUGGCGUCACAACGUAGAUCUCGGAAAGACAAUUUCCGAGAUUCUGAAAGCUAAUUCUGUUCAGACGAACAAUAAGAAGCUUCUAGACGAUUUGGCAGAGUAUGUUAAUUUGGAGAAGGCGUUAAGCCAGCACAAGUUCAACACAGUUCAACCAGGAUAUAUUUUUUCUGAGCGAUCAGAUUUUGUGUCAAGUGUGAAUUUUUCAAGGCUCGUCUUGGAAAUGAUGAGCCCCGACAAAAGAACUUUAUUCCCGGAAGUGUAUCAGAUUAUGUACCUAACCAACACCUCGCUGUUUUUUGGAAAAAAUAAUAAUCUUGAAACAAUCAUUCGGAACACUUCUAAAAGAGCAUUGGCCAACUACUUGAUCUUCAAAUUCAUCGAUACGUCUAUCGCAGACCUGACAUAUGGUUCCCCAUCGGCAUUUUGCGAACAGAAAGUCAUCAACUUUCUCCCUCGUGCUGCUCUUCGUGCAUUCUAUCGCAACUUUAUAAGUAAGGAGAAUCGGAAGAAAAUCACCAAAUUGACUGAAGCCACCCAAGUUCAACUGUUGAAGAUCAUCGGCGCAACUGAUUGGAUGAGCAUUAAAUCGAAGAAAAUCGCGAUGGAUAGAGUCAGCAGUAUGAAUAUGGUAAUUGGAUAUCCAGACUAUUUUGAUCCACCGGGAAAACUGGAUGGACUAUUCGAACAUCUCAAUCUGUCUUCAUCUGACACUUAUUACACGGUUGUCAGAAAAAUCAAUCGAUUCAUGCGUGAACAAGAGAUGGACUAUUAUACCGGAGAAGUGCCGUACUAUCCAUUGUUCCCGGGACUUAUGACUAAUGCCAUGUAUAACGCGAAUGAUAAUAAUCUAAUGAUCUUUGCCCCAUUCUUCGAUGAUCCAUUUUUCGACUCUAGUUUCCCGGACUAUGCAAACAUCGCAUUCACUUCGAACACACUUGCUCAUGAAAUGGGACACACUUUCAGCCCGCAUUUGAUGGAUAUAAUGACUGGUACAACAGAAGUUUGGCUAACACCGAAGGAGACAGAGGAGUACGAAAAGAGGGUGAAAUGCCUGGAAGAUCAAUAUACUGAGUAUGACGAUCCGGAGUACGGGAGAAUUGCAAAAAGCUGUAUAGUUUGAAAAAAUACUCAAUUUUAUUAAACAUUCAGUAUAAUGGAUCGAUGGUGAUCGAUGAGAUAGUAGCAGAUCGGAUUGCAAUUGAUGUUAAUUGGAGGGAUUUCAAGAGUUCGGAUCGAUCGAAGGAUCAGAAGAUCAUUGGAUUCGAGGACUACAAUCUGGACCAACUGUUCUUCCGUAUUUCAGCUAUGAGCUUCUGUACGCCGGCUCCACUUUCGCUAGAAGUGUCUAA